AUGGACGAUGUGACGGUUGGAAAGCCCUGUCAGAACGCAGGUUCCAGAGGGCAUUUCGGAUGGACAUCCUGCGAGCCGUCGUCUUCUGCCAGCCACGACUCUGGUUUGCUGGACAUCAAAGACGCAAUCAGCCAACAACUAGUUUCCCUUUGCGAGCUGAUGGCUCCUUGCGGGUAUAUCCUAUACGGUACCUCCAGUAUCUCAAAAGAGAUUCUACAAGAGCUCAAUGCGAAAAUUGUCGCUGAGCUCCAAAAGUGGAAAGCUACCCUUCCGCCUAUUUUACAGAUUGAUCUUGAUGAUGCCGCCUCGCCAUACCUUCCGCAUGUGCUGCUUCUCCAGUAA